AUGAUCCACAAUAAAACUGGGUCAAGUCGCCGGAUCCUGACAUUUCCGGCUGUGCAACCAUGCAAAUCAAUCUCCAUAACCACGCUACUCGACUCACUGAUUCAACUCGCCGGCGACAUCGUCACGUUCAAGCAGAAACACUUCUCCAGCAACAAACAAACCUUCCAAAAAACCAUCAGGCAGAUCCAAAACCUAGCUAUCGUCUUGGAAGAGAUCCGGAUCCGAGUCGGGUCCCCAAGACGCUACUUUCCCCACUCAACCGCCGUCUCGAGCCUCUCGGAAAUCCACGUCAUCCUCCAGAAGCUCAAGUUCCUUCUAGAAGACUGCACAAGAGACGGAGCUAGAAUAUUUAUGCUUAUGAGCUCAGAUCAAGUCUCGGACCAUCUUCGUGUCCUGACUCAGUCCAUUUCCACUAGCCUCAGCACGUUUCCUGGCUCAUUCGUUGACUUACCGAGCGAAGUCAACGAGGUGAUUGACCUAGUGGUGCAACAAGCCCGUAAACACGUAGUCCGACCCGACUCAGACGAUAAAAGGGUUAUAACUUCGGUUAAUAGAGUCCUUUCUCUGUUUGAGAACAGAGUGACCCCUGAUCCGGAUGAAAUAAAUCGGAUCUUGGAUCACGUAGGGAUCCGAACGUGGGGAGAUUGCGUUAAGGAGAUCAACUUUCUCGGAGAAGAGAUAGAGGCGGAGCGGUUAGAGAAUAAGAAGAUGAAUAAUAGUAACGCUAGAGUCGAGCUUCUCAGCAGCUUGAUGGGAUUCAUAUGUUAUUGCAGAUGCGUGACACUUAAACGUAUCGAUAGAGAUCAUCGUGAGGACCGUGUCCAUGAAGACUUGAUACGAGGAUUAAAAGUUGAGGAUCUUCUUUGUCCGAUCUCUCUAGAGAUCAUGACGGAUCCUGUGGUCAUAGAAACAGGGCACACGUACGAUCGGAGCUCCAUCACCAAAUGGUUCGGAUCCGGGAACAUCACGUGCCCCAAAACCGGAAAGAUUCUGACCAGUACCGAGUUGGUUGACAACGUUUCCGUGAGUCAAGUAAUUCAAAAGCACUGUAAAGCAAACGGCGUCGUUUUGGCAAUAAACGGUCGGAAAAGAAAAAGUCACGGUGACAUGGCGCCGGAGAGUUUAGCUGCGAAAGGAGCGGGGAGACUCAUCGCGAGGUUUCUCACUACAGAGCUAACAAACGGCGACGAAGAGGUGAUUUACAGAGCUCUUAGAGAGAUCCGUGUUUUGACCAAGACAGGUAGUUUUAAUAGAUCUUGUCUGGUCGAAGCUGGUUGUGUGAGUCCGCUUUUAAACCUUCUGACUUCAGAAGACUCAAAGAUUCAAGAGAACGCAAUGGCUGGGAUUUUGAAUCUCUCUAAACACGUUGAUGGCAAAGGUGAGAUCGUAGGAGAAGGGUUAGGGCUCAUAGUGGAGAUUCUCAACGAAGGAGCUAAAACAGAGACGAGACUAUACGCUGCUUCUACUCUGUUUUAUCUUUCUUCCGUUCAAGAUUACAGCUUAUUAAUCGGGGAAAACGCAAAUGCGAUUCCUGGACUGAUGAGAAUCGUCAAAGGGGAAGAGUAUGGAGAUUCCGCGAAACGCAACGCGUUGCUUGCGGUUAUGGGUUUGCUGAUGCAAUCAGAGAACCACUGGCGUGUCCUCGCCGCUGGAGCUGUUCCCUCUCUUCUUGAUCUGCUGAGAGAUGAGGCAACGGGGGAAGAGCUCACGGCGGAUUGCUUAGCGACGCUGGCGAAGUUGGCUGAGUAUCCCGACGGGACGAUUGGUGUGAUCCGUCGCGGAGGGUUGAAACUCGCGGUGAAGAUUUUGUGUUCGUCGGGAGUCUCGCAUGCGGUGAAACAGCACUGUGUUGCUCUGGUUUUGAACUUGUGUCUUAACGGCGGGAGAGACGUCGUUGGGGCUCUUGUGAAGGACUCGGUGGUUAUGGGGUCGCUUUACACGGUGUUAGGUAACGGCGAGUGUGGAGGGAGCAAGAAAGCUAGUGCGCUUAUCAGGAUGAUUCAUGAGUACCAGGAGAGGAAAACCGGUUCGGUUGAACCGAGUUUUCAAGGACGGUUCAUCCACGCAUGGUGA